AUGCCCUUCAAACAGGACCCACGCUUGAUCAUCAUCGGAGCCGGCGUAGGAGGAAUCGCGCUUGCUUCAAAGCUGCGCUCUGAAUGGGGGUUUGAGAACUUCACUAUCUACGAACGUGAAAGGGGUGUUGGUGGGACAUGGUAUCUGAAUACCUACCCAGGCGUUGGGUGCGAUGUCGAUUCCCACCUUUAUUCCUUCUCUUUCAACCCCAACCCCAAUUGGUCAAAGAGGUUUGCCGAGCAACCGGAGAUCUUACAAUAUCUGAACGAUACCGUCGACAAGUUUGGAGUGCGGCCCCACGUCCAGCUGGGCAUCGAGGUUGUCGAGGCUGUUUGGGAUACGACAAAGCACGUUUGGCGCGUCACUCUCCACGACCUCGACACCAACCUUACCUUCGACAAAGAGGCGGAGAUGCUCGUCUCGUGUGUUGGAACAAUCUCCAUUCCAAAGGACUGUGAUAUCCCGGGGUAUGAAACAUUCGGCGGAAACAUUUUCCAUUCUGCGCGAUGGGACCAUCGAUAUGAUAUGGAGGGAAAGAAAGUGGCCGUGAUUGGGAAUGGGUGCUCUGCUGCCCAGUUAAUGCCAUAUGUGGUCGAGGUUGCUUCCAAGGUUUACCAGUUUCAACGAUCAGCGCAGUGGAUCAACGAGCGCCCUAAUGCUGACUUUACGGCGUUUCAAAAAUGGUGCUUUCGAUACUUGCCACUCUGGGGUCGUCUCUAUCGCUUUUCUCUUUGGCAGUCCACAGAUAGUCUGCACCAUCUGUACACGACGGAGUCACCACGGGCUGAACGAGCCCGCGCCGAAGCUACUGAGCAUGCUCGGCAGUACAUGAAACGUACUGCGCCGGCUAAAUACCACGAUAUCCUGAUCCCCAGUUUCCCACUGGGCUGCAAGCGCCGUAUUUUCGACCCUGGAUAUCUGGAAUCCCUGCAUUCGCCGACCGUCGAACUUUCCACGGAAAGAGUACUUGAGUUCACCGAGAAUGGUUUACGCACAGAUCGACGUGAAAUCGACGUCGACGCCGUCGUCCUGAGUACUGGAUUUAAGAUCCAGGAGUUCCUGUCUCCGAUUGUGGUUCGUGGGGCAAACGGCCAAACGCUCAAUGAGCACUGGAAACAGACGCGGGGCGCGCAGGCCUACAAGGCAACAUUCGUCUCUGGUUUUCCCAAUUUUGGUAUUAUCUUUGGCCCUAAUGCGUUCCCGGCGCACAAUUCAGUCAUCUACUCCAAUGAAACCCAGGCGGAGUACGUUAUCAAAUCCUUGAUCAACCCAGUGAUGAGACACCACUUUGACGUCCUUGAGGUCAAGGAAGCAGCGGAAAAUCGCGAUGCUAGCUUCACACAAUCGAAACUCAAGAGCAUGGUGUGGAGCUCUGGCUGCACCAACUGGAACCUUGAUGCCUCCGGUCGUAACACGACCAACUAUCACGACAAUACGAGGAAAUUCUGGCAGCAGCUGUAUUGGCCGGUUUGGAAGGACUUUGACCUCCGAGGUGGCAAUGGGACUCUGCCUGACCACCCUGUUGUUCAGGUGGCAAAGGCUUGUUUUGCCGGAGGACUUGCUGUAGCAGUGACUUACGCGGCGCCCUGGGCUCGUUUGCUACCCCAAGGACUUUCUCAUUGA